AUGAUCGCCACCCAGGCUAAGCUGGUCUACCAGCUCAACAAAUACUACAACGAGAGAUGCCAAACUCGAAAAGGAGCCAUCGCCAAGACCAUCCGAGAGGUGUGCAAAGUGGUGUCAGAUGUACUGAAAGAAGUGGAGGUGCAGGAGCCGCGCUUCAUCAGCUCCCUGAGCGAGAUAGACGCGCGGUACGAGGGCAUGGAGGUCAUCUCCCCAAACGAGUUCGAGGUGGUGCUGUACCUUAAUCAGAUGGGCGUCUUUAACUUUGUGGAUGACGGCUCUCUCCCGGGCUGCGCGGUGCUGAAGCUGAGUGAUGGCCGCAAAAGGAGCAUGUCUCUCUGGGUGGAGUUCAUCACGGCCUCGGGCUACCUCUCUGCGCGGAAGAUUCGUUCUCGUUUCCAAACGUUAGUGGCACAGGCCGUGGACAAAUGCAGCUACAGAGAUGUGGUGAAGAUGGUGGCUGACACAAGCGAGGUCAAGCUGCGGAUUCGGGAGCGCUACGUGGUACAAAUCACUCCUGCCUUUAAAUGCACGGGCAUCUGGCCCAGGAGUGCAGCCCAGUGGCCACUUCCGCACAUUCCAUGGCCCGGUCCAAACCGUGUGGCCGAGGUCAAGGCGGAGGGCUUUAACCUGCUGUCCAAAGAAUGCUACUCUCUGACGGGGAAGCAGAGCUCCGCGGAGAGCGACGCCUGGGUGCUGCAGUUCAGCGAGGCCGAGAACAGGCUGCUGAUGGCCGGUUGUAGAAAGAAGUGUCUCUCGGUGCUGAAGACCCUGCGGGACCGUCAUCUAGAGCUGCCCGGGCAGCCGCUCCACAGCUACCACAUGAAGACACUGUUGUUGUACGAGUGCGAGAAGCACCCGCGGGAGACGGACUGGGACGAGUCGUGCCUGGGGGACCGGCUCAACGGCAUCCUACUGCAGCUCAUCUCGUGUCUGCAGUGCCGCAGAUGCCCGCACUACUUUCUGCCAAACUUGGACUUGUUUCAGGGGAAACCACACUCGGCCCUGGAGGCUGCCGCCAAGCAGACGUGGAGACUAGCACGAGAGAUCCUGACCAACGCCAAGAGCUUGGACAAAUUAUAG